UUUAACAUUUUCAAUUAAAUAUCUAUAUCUUAUAUAUUCUCUUUCAUAUUGUUCCUAAUGUUUUAUUCGAUAAAACUCUAACGAACUAUAUUUUGUGGUCUAUUAUCUUUAGUUUGGUCAUCUGCUACAUAAUCAUGGAAGCUUGGUAAGAACACAAAUCAAAAUAGAAAACAUAAAUAUAAGAAAUAAAAAAUAUCAUUUUUGAGUGUUAUUGGGAUAUGACAUGAAGUUGGUACUGAUCAAAUCUACUAUAACGCCUUUCGGGCGUUAUAGGAUUUGAUCACGUGACCAAAUUCAUGUCAUAUCUCAACAACAUUCAAAAAUGAUAUUUUAUUUCUUAAAUAAAUCUUUGUAAAGAAGGCAAUAUUGCAUACAAAUCACGAACAUAUUUUUGUGAUGAAACAAUUACAGUGACGUCACAAAGUACGGAAAAUUUCCGUGACUGAUAGAUUAUAUCAACAUAUUCCCUACCUACAUGCACACAAAAAAUUCAAAGUAUGUUUAAUGUCACAUAUCAAUAGUAUAUUUUAUAUUAAAAAAUGCACGGAAAUUUUUUAUCAUCCAUGCAAAAUGAAUCCGUGAUUUGUACUAUUUUUUUCUAUUUCUGUGCAUCCGUCUGUCUGUGCUUUGUCAACCUCCAUUCUCUCUGUUCUAAUCCUAUACAUGUCAAAUUAAGACGAAUGCUGUCUUUCUAUAUCUCUUUAGUGCUUGAUAUGAAUUAAGAUAAAAAAGUAAAGAAAACAAUGAUCAAUUUCAUAAUCCUGCAACUAAUACAAAAUCGAGAACAGGGCAAACACAGUCCAAGUGGGAUCAAGUGCCUUGGAAAAGACCGGUCAAACCCGCUGUGUCUCUCUAUCAAGAUAAUUGCUAUGUUAUCAAUACCCCAUUCACAUUACAAAUUAACAGGAAGGUUGACUCUGUGACAGUUUGGUUAUGAUAUACUACAUGCCAACAUCGAAAUGGAAAAAUAAAUUUGUAAACAUGUUCGCCCAUCUCACGCCCACUGUAAAAACCAAAUUUAAAUAAUUCUAGAUGCUUCCCUUUAAUCGCUUCCCAAACCAAGUGUUAGUAAUCAUCAUAAUUCAUUAUCGACAUUUCUGUCCUAGUAUUUCGAAAUGUUCAAACUGUCAAUAUAAAAAAAAAAACUCCAUGUACCACUGAUUGCCCUGCCGACUCAGAUUGAAUUAAUCUAACUCGUUUUACCUUUCUAUGCAGUUUUCAUCCGAAGAAUAAGUCAACUAACAUUUAGGGGAAAUGUGAAGUGAAACGAGAAAAGACUGUCAGAGACGUUGUCGAGCGUAAAGCCCGUUCACGGAUAUCUAUUCAUAUUUCCUACCUAGUGCAGAUUUAAGAAAAAUUAAAGUGUAUUCGGGGUCAGCGAGUCAAUUCACUUCGGAUUGUAAACAACUCGGCUUAGACGAAAUGAAGAAACCUACAGGACUUGAGAAUUUGACGUGGAAGAUUUUAUGUUUAUUAUUCAUAAUUUAUCCGAACUCGGCACAACCAAAUGAAGCCUCGAGACGCUUAUCUACGGAUCUCAUGAAAAAUUACAACAAAAUGAUUCGAGGAGUAAAAGAUAUGGGAGAAAUAACUACAUUGAGAAUCCAUUUUAGUCUUAUUCGAAUAGCAGAAUUUGACGAAGUGAAUGGAAAGCUAUCAUUGGUUGGAUUCUUUGGUAUCUUUUGGAAUGACUACAGAAUGGCGUGGGACCCAGAACAAUAUUAUGAUACAUACACUAUACUGUUUGAAGAAAAGGAAGUAUGGAGACCGUUGAUUGUUUUAGCUUCACCCCAAGAAGAGUUUAAAAGACUUGGACAUGACGAUAAUUUCUUUGUAAGAUUCAAUCCGGAAGGCUACGCAGAAUGGUAUCCCGGGGACAUUUGGGCGACAGCGUGUACACCGGAUGUGUAUACAUACCCGUACGACACCCAGACUUGUGUUGUAACCUAUGUUAUAUGGGCCUAUGCUGUUCAUGAAGUUACUGUAAAGGUUUUAUCUGAUACAGUCAGUUUGCACGUUUACACUCCUCAUGGUAUGUGGGAUCUGAUUGAUACCUCAGUAACAUCAAAUGUGGACGUAGGACGAGGACUGACGUUGAUUGACAUCACAUUAGUGAUGAAAAGAAUCUCCACAUUCCACCUCAUCAACAUGAUUCUUCCCAUCGUUUUUGUCGGGUUACUUAAUAUCCUCGUGUUUCUUCUCCCUGCUCAGUCCGGUGAAAGAGUCGGUUAUUCCAUCACGGUUUUACUCGCCAUAGCCGUGUUUCAAACAAUAGCAUCCGACAAUCUUCCAAGCGUUUCUAAGCCCCAGCUUUCGUUGCUUUGUAUCAAACUUUUAGUAGAUCUGAUUUUGAGUGCUUUAGUGACGAUGUUAACGAUUGUGACGUUGUAUUUUUAUCACAUGCCGGAAUCUCGGAGAGUGCCGUCGUGCGUUGCAUCUGUAACAAGUUUUGUGCUGUGCAAAAAUUGUUGUAAGGACAAACCUAACGUCACUCUAGAAAAGCAUGGUUUCAAGAAUGGAAUAGACGCGAUAGAAUCUGUUUCAGUGAAUGACAACCAUUCAGGUGACGUCACGUGGACAGAUGUUGGUAAAAGUAGUGACAUUGUGUUUGCCGUUUUUUCUCUGUUGACGUUUUUAGCGUCAAAUCUUGUAUUUGUGCUGUAUGUCGCAUAAUAAAUUGUUAACAUAUCUUAA